AUGAUUCCCACUCCUGAUACUUCUUGUUUGUCAGAAGACGUAUUCCAGGAUGUAUAUGAACCUGCAGAGGAUACUUUUGCUUUGCUGGACGCUCUUGAGGAGGAUAAAGACAAGCUAUGUAAAUUUGCAGAUGAAAAGUUGCUUCUCACUUCAGAAAUAGGUUGUGGAUCUGGCUGUGUGUCGUCGUUUUUCAAAAGUGGAAUUUUGCAGGACAGACCAACAAUUCAUUUUAUGACUGACAUUUCAAAUGCUGCCUGCAAUGCGACAGCUUAUGUAGUGAAUAAAAAUCGAGAAGUAUACAAUGACAAAAGCGGUGCAUUUUUAACUGCGCAAACUUUCUUUUUACAAGGAUUAAGGAUUAGAAAAAGCGUUGAUGUUUUGCUUUUUAAUCCUCCUUAUGUCCCUACAGAAUUUGAGGAAAUCCCAAAAGAAGCCAAUAUUGCUUCCACUUGGGCAGGAGGGACCGAUGGAAUGGAUGUAACAAGUCAAUUAUUAAGGAUUGUAGAUGACAUACUUUCAGCAGAUGGAGUCUUCUACAUGGUCGCUGUUGCUCGAAAUAAUCCAGGAAAAAUUCAAAAUUAUAUGUUACAGUUUGGUUUUAAUUCAAAAGAAGUGUUGAGAAGAAAGGCGGGAAGAGAAACACUAUGCGUGUUGCGUUUUUCAAAGAGCAAUGCUUUAUUUUUCUAA